GGGUAUGUGAUAAUAGUUUAUUUUUUUCUGGGAAAAGUGAAGAGUCUUGGCAUGUCCUAGUGAAAUAUAGUAGGGCAUAUUGCAUGAAGGACCAGGCGUCAAUGAAUUCCUAUGUGGGUUUCUUCUCACCUCAUCAGUGAAAUUCCUCCUGUAAUUUUCUUGCAGUCUAGGAAGAUAGAAGGCUGGUCAAGUCUGCAAUUGUUUUGAUAUAGAUAUCAAAGAUGGGGUCAAUUCACAGAGUGAAAGUUGAGACAGGACGUAGGCUAAUCCUGUUCGCCAUGUGUGGUGCUGUUGUGGGAUUCUUUCUGGGGUCUUCAAUUUCAAGGCCUUCAACAGUCAAGGUUGAGAUGCCUAGAUUCAGCUUGAAUGCUGAGGACGACAGGUAUAUGAAAAUGAUUAAUGAAGCCUUAUUAUAUACAGGUCUUGGAAGCUUUGGUCUAAGUUCAAGCUUAGGGGAUUGUGUCAAGAUUCAUGAGGUGGCAAAUCCACGUGGAGCAGAGUCAUUGCCCCCUGGUAUCAUCGAGCCUUAUUCAGAUUUUUAUCUCCAUAGAUUGCAGGGAGAUCCUAGUGAGGAUUUAGUAGUAAAACCCAAGUACCUACUGUCGUUAACUGUUGGAUAUCCCCAGAAGGACAUGGUGAAUUCUAUAGUCUCCAAGUUCUCAGAGAAUUUCUCAGUUAUAUUGUUCCACUAUGAUGGGAAGGCAAGUGAAUGGGACCAGUUUGAAUGGUCACGACGAGCCAUUCAUAUCAGUGUGAAAAAACAAACGAAGUGGUGGUAUGCCAAACGCUUCCUCCAUCCUAACAUAGUAGCCCAAUAUGACUACAUUUUCAUAUGGGAUGAAGAUCUUGAUGUUGAGCAUUUCAAUGCUGAGGAGUAUAUAAAGCUUAUUAGAAAACAUGAUUUAGAAAUAUCGCAGCCCGGAUUAGACCCAAGCUACUUCGUAUGGUCGAUGACAAAGAAGAGGGACGAUGUUGAAGUCCAUAAGGAAGCAGAGGAUAAACCCAACUGGUGUGCUGGCCCCCUUUUGCCACCAUGUGCAGCGUUUGUUGAGAUUAUGGCACCAGUCUUCUCAAGAGAAGCAUGGCGCUGUGUUUGGCAUAUGAUCCAGAAUGAUUUAGUUCAUGGGUGGGGUCUUGAUCUUGCUCUUCAGAGAUGUUUGGAGGUGCCACAUGAAAGGAUAGGUGUAGUUGAUGCACAAUGGAUUAAACACAAAGCCGUACCUUCUCUAGGAAACCAGGGACAAGCCGGUGAUGGAAGGCAACCAUGGGAAGGGGUACGUGCAAGGUGCAACAAUGAAUGGAGAGAAUUUGAAAGGCGGAUGGACAGAGCAGAAAAGGAGUAUUUCCAUUCCAUCUCAAUCUCAUCUUGAGUCCCAAGGAGCCAUGAAGUCGGUAUUUCUCCUGAUUCACAUUGAAACCUGCCAUUGGAUCCAGGUCUCUGCCUAUCGAGCUUUUGGGGAUUAUUGAGAGACACACUGAGGGAUAUUGUUUGGUGAUCCAGAGCUGUUACUAACAUCAUCAUAUAAAUAAAGUCUUGAUCUAAGUUUAGCACAUAGAAUCAUAAGAAA